AUGUGUUUACUGCAAGAAACUAAAAGAACUGUUUUCGAUUAUUUUAUGAUUCAUAACUUAUGGGGUCAUAAAGAGGUUGAUUGGGUUGCUAAGGAGUCUUGUGGUUUGUCUGGUGGAUUGUUGUCUGUUUGGAAUAGAGACUUAUUUUCAAUGCGGUUUAGCUUCACAAGAGAUGGAUUUCUUGGUGUCUGUGUUGAAUGGAAAGAUGUUUUAAUAUAUAUUUUUAAUGUUAACUCUCCCUGUAACAUAGCCGGGAAACGCAAAUUGUGGACUGAUUUGAUUGAUUUUAAAAUGAAUAAUGAACCUGGUGAAUGGUGUUUAGGGGGAGAUUUUAACUCUAUCACAACGAUUGGUGAACCAAGAGGCAGGAAGGGUAUAAAGGAUCAAUUGGAAAGGGCCGAGUUUGUUAACUUCAUUGAUGCUUUUGAGGUUGUCGACAUUCCUUUGGCGGGUAAGAAGUUUACUUGGUUUAAUUCUGUUGGUAUUGUCAUUUGUCGUUUGAAUCGUUUCUUGUUGUCGGAAGGCUUUAUUGAGAAAGGCUGCAUCACUAACUUUUUUGCUUUUGUCAAAGAAACCUGGGGGAAUUUGGUUAUUCACGGUAAGAAGGCAUAUGUUAUAAAGGAGAAGAUGAAAAGAUUGAAGGAAAAUUUGAAGGUGUGGAAUCGGGAGGUUUUUGGAAUCAUGGAUUUCAAUAUAGAUAAGAUGGUACAAGAAUUGAAUGAGGUUGAGGAUUUGAUAGCUAAUGGGUAUCAAGCACCAAACUCAUCUAAUUCUAAUGUGUUGGUUAAAAGGUUCUUGGGAGCAGAUUCAUCUUAA